GCCUUGAUCUUCAUCUUCAUCAUCUUCUACUCUCUCACACACACACACACAGCCGCCGUGAAUGCUGAACAUGAUUGUUAGGGUUUCGAAUUCGCACAUUUGAGAGCCCCUCGAAUUGACACGCCGACGAUUCUCACUCACUCUCUCUCAGUAGUAAUGUUCAGAAGCCACAAUGUUGUCACCAGAAUCUUCGACCGCCAAAUCUCAUCUCCUCCUCCCGGCGCUGCUGUUCACUAUGCUAGGCGGUUUUACGAGAAUUUAGUACCGAAUUUCACUAUAUAUGAAGUUGAUUGCCCGGACCAUCUGUUCCGGAAAUUCACCGACGACGGUCAGUACCUCAUAUGUUUCAGUAGAAAUCAUCAGAAGUUGAUUGUUUACAGACCUACCUGGCUUUCCUAUUCCUGCAAAGGAGACUGCGCUAGUUCUUGUGAUCUUCCUCCCAAAGCCAGGAGGUUCGAGAGCUUCUUUAAACAGCUCUACAGUGUCUCUCUCCCUUCUAGUAGUAAUGAGCUUAUUUGCAAGGACUUCUUUCUUUACAUGGAGAGUAACCGCUACGGGCUAUUCGCUACUUCCACUGCUCAGAGUCCUGAACCAACGCCUGUUGGAGGAGGCGCUUUACUCAGUGUCCCAUCAAUAGAGACCAUCACCUUUCACCUCCUGAGAUUGGAAGAUGGAGUUGUACUGGAUCAGAGGUCCUUUCACCAUGAUUUUAUCAACCUCGCCCAUAAUUCGGGUGCCUUUUUGUAUGAUGAUUUGCUGGCUAUUGUGUCCCUUCGCUACCAAACACUACACAUUCUGCAAAUCAGAGACUCCGGCAACCUUGUUGAUGUGCGAGCAAUUGGGACAUAUUGUCGUGAAGAUGACGAGCUUUUUCUCAACUCACACCUGCAGGUUAGCCACAUAUAUUUCAAGCCUUUGAAUAUUAAUGAAACAACAGUCGGUUGCUUUCAUAGUGGCCUCAAACAGCGGUUGCUUUCUUUCAUAUUUAGAGGAAUGUGGAAUGAAGAAACGGAUCCGACAUUGAGGGUCCAAGGCCUGAAGAAGAAGUUCUAUUUCCAUUUCCAAGACUAUGUUGACUUGAUUAUCUGGAAGGUACAAUUCUUGGACCGGCACCACCUGCUAAUAAAGUUUGGUAGUGUAGAGGGACAGGUAUCACGUAAUACUGAUCUCCACCCAGCCUUUUUUGCGGUAUAUAACAUGGAGACGACGGAAAUUGUAGCUUUUUAUCAGAAUUCAGCAGAUGAGCUUUAUCUCUUGUUUGAGCAGUUCUAUGAUCACUUCCAAGCAACAUCGAGAAAUUCAUAUACAAUGAAUUUCGUGUCAUCUCACUCAAAUAACAUGCAUGCUCGGGAGCAACUGAGAUGUGUCAAAAAUAAAGCAAGUAGUUCUUUGCAGUUUGUGAAGAAGAUGCUAGCUUCUUUGCCUUCUAAUUGUCAAUCGCAGAGUCCUUCUCCCUACUUUGAUCAAUCUCUUUUUCGAUUUGAUGAAAAGUUAAUUUCUGCAACUGAUCGGCAUAGGCAGUCAACAGAUCAUCCUAUCAAGUUCAUCUUAAGAAGGCAACCAUAUACCCUCAAAUUUAAGAUUAAACCAGGUCCAGAAGCUGGUUGCAUAGACAGCAGGACGAAAAAGAUAUCUUCAUUCCUCUUUCAUCCAUUUUUGCCUCUUGCUCUCUCCAUUCAGCAUACCUUAUACUUGCAGCCAGCAGUUGUGAACAUUCACUUCCGGAGAUAAAUAUUUUCAUAGCAUGGUUUUUUUUUGUUACCGACAACUGGUCACCCUAGAGUCGAAUUCAGGGGAUCAAACUCACAAAGGGAAGAUUUAUGUCAUUAAACCAAAUGGUCAUGUUAUAUUUG